UUCGCCUUUCAAAUCCUAUCAAUCACGAUCUAGCGUUGAUCUAGCGAGCUUUCUAUAGAUUGAAACAUCCAUUCAACCAUUCAAUUUCAAAUCACGCUUUACACUGAUCACUCGACAGCUUCGUCAUUGCGCAAUCUAAGCCCAAGUUUCGAUUCAAACAUUCUUAAUACUUUCAGUUGGUUCACUGUAUCUCGCAUACCACAACCGUUCUUCGUCAAUGAGUGAUGAUCGAUUUCUUGAAGGAAUUUGGGAGAAACUCUCCCAGGUUGCUGUCAAAGGUGCCCAAUACAACUCCCGUGAACGUCUGCCCCACCCGAAAUGUUUGAAAGGGACCCGGGUUGAUCUCCUCAAAUACAUCCACGAACUACUGGACAACCCAGAUAAGAAUCAACUCAUUUGGCUGCAUGGCACGGCUGGUGUCGGAAAGUCUGCCGUUGCGUAUACAGUUUCUGAAACAAUGAAAGGUAUGAAAGUGACCGAAAAGACGAACGUCGAAAAACGGCUAGCAGGAACAUUCUUUUUUUCGCGCAAGCACACCAAACGUUGCACGGCUGGAUAUUUCUUUGCGACGCUCGUCUACCAGCUUGCCACCAAUUUUCCAAGCAUCCGGAAGGAUGUGAGCAGAGCGAUCCGCAACAAUCCUGCUCUACUAGACCCAGACACGCCUGUCUGCGACCAGAUGGAGAAGCUCUUUCUUCAACCUCUCCGUGGGCUUCACCUCAGAUUGCGCGGGUGUCAGCCUUUGAUAUUUGUUGUCGAUGCGCUUGAUGAAUGCACAUCUGAACCCGAGCUUACCGAUCUCAUCCUUUCCCUCGCACAGGCUCUUCGUGAGCCUGACCUUCCUGUGACCCAUAUUCUGCUUACAAGUCGCUUGGAAUCCCACAUCUAUAAAGCCUUUCAGAACGCAGAGGUGUGCCCGUUGGUGCGCGAGAUACCCGUGAAAACUUCUGGGAAGGGUGGCAUCAUUUCGUUGGACGGCGCAGACGUUGACAAGGACAUCUGCACUUUCUUGCAGCAUUCCUUCGAAGAGCUAGGAAGUCGCCAUCCAGAUUUCCCUCAGCCAUCGACGGAUGAUCUUGUGAAGCUGGCGAGCCGAGCGGGCAGACGUUUCAUCGUGGCGUCUACGAUGAUGAAGUUUAUUAUUGAUGAUGAAGACAAGGAUCCCAGCGAUCGGUUGCAGCUGAUGCUCAAGCUGACAAGUGAGCUGCUACCAGGAACGGAGGUGUUCAAGUUAUACGACUGUAUCCUCUCCACAUGUGCCGACCCCAAGCGUGCUUACAUGCACUUGUCCAUUGUCGCCGCCCUCGCAGACCCUCUUCCCAUCUCACAAAUCUCAUCACUUCUUGGAUCUGGUUUAGGCAGAGAUGUGCAGACAACACUGAUGCAGCUACGGUCUGUUGUGGAUAUCCCUAUAGAUAGCAUUCUUCCCGUGAAUAUUCACCACUCGUCCAUUCGUGACUAUGUCUCCGACCCCUCAAACUGCAGCCUCCUUCAAGUACAUGAAAUGUCAUCACCGCACUCACUACUCGCUGAUUCGUCUCUUCGCUUGAUGAUGAGGGAGAUUCCUAAAAGCACGGCUCUCUUGGAUGCGCUUUCAGAGCUGAAGAUGCAGACCCAUGCAACGAGUCCUGGGGACCCCCAUAGAUUAAACAACGAAUUAGCCUUCUUCGUUCGGGAACACAAGCCGGCGUCCAUUCUUAUUGGCAUGCUAUGCCUUCGUGGUGAUUGCAGGUCAGAUGUACAAUUUUGGCUAGAGACUGUGGAUGGGGAUACCUGGCUAUACACCCCUGACGGGGAAUCCUGGCUGAAUACCCGGGAGAGAGUGGCUGCAGACCAAGGGAGGAUUGGCCUGGGAUGCCCAGCAAAUGCCUGA